AGGGCUGACGGCCCGCCAGAGAGCAUGGGUGUUUCAGAGCGCUGAGCUCUGGGGAAGGAGUGCGCCGCACAGGGCGCUCUGCAGUGAUGACCCCUCCCUGCAGCACUGAGCUCCGGCCGCUCUGGCAGAGCCUCCAGUCGGCUCACCGCAGGGGAACCCAGACGCACCACUCGCUCUCCCUGCAGUUCUAUCUAACCGCUGGUCUCUCGUCCUCCAGAGCCCCGACCAUGACCGCCGCCGCCCUCCCCUUCCUCCUCCUGCUGCUGGGAGGUCGGGUGGUGGCCGUCUGCCCCACGGUGUGCACCUGCAGCCGGGGCCACCGCGUAGUGGACUGCUCCUCCCGGGGCCUCACCAAGCUGCCGCCCGGGCUGCAGCACAACAUCAACUUUGUCAACCUCUCGUUCAAUAGCCUGCAGGCUCUGGAGAGCCAGCUCAGCCACUACGCCCACCUGAGGACUCUGGACCUGUCCUACAACCGCCUGGAGGCGCUGCCGCCCGCCCUGCCGCGCUCGCUGUGGCACAUCCGGGCGUCGGGGAACCACCUGCGCUCGCUGGACAAGAACGACACGGCCUACCACUGGAACCUGAGGGUUCUGGACCUGUCGGACAACGAGCUGGAGCGCGUGGUGUUCAUCAACAACACGCUGCCCGGCCUCCGCGCCCUCGACCUCAGCUACAACCGCUUCUGGACCGUGCCCACCAACAUGCCGCACCACCUGGAGAGCGUGGACCUGUCGCACAACUACCUGGUGCAGAUCCUGCCGGGCUCGCUGGACCGGCUGCCGAGGCUGGCCCGGUUCUACCUGCACGCCAACCGCUUCUCCUGGCUGCCGGAGGGGGCGUUCGAGAAGCUGGCGGCGCUGGAGGCGCUGACGCUCGGGGACAACCCCUGGGCCUGCGAGGAGGAGGAGAACAUCUCGAAGCUCCUGGCGUGGGCGGGGCGAGCCCGGGCCACCGUCUCCGGCUGCCCCUGUUACACCAAACCCGUCUGCGGGCGCCAGGCGCCGCCGGGAAGGGAGCGGCCCUCGGCGGCGCCGUCCACGGAGCCGCCGCUCUGGGCCGACUGGGCCCUCUACGAGACGGAGGAUCAGGACCGAAGGGGGGCGAACGAGUCGGGGGACCGCGAGGCGUUCGGGUGGGCGCCUCCCACCGAGCCGGAGAGCUUCUCCACGCACGAGAGCACGACGGCACGACGGCCGGCUGCCGGGCGGCCCCGAGCGGCGGCUGCCAGCAACACUCAGACGGUCCCGCUGAUUCUAGUCCUGACGGCGUUCAACACCUUCUGAACCACGAGUCCAGAAGCUUCUGGAAACUCCACGUAGUCCUUCGCCUCCAUCAAGUGGAGCUUCAUGCUUUAAUGUCUCUGAAUGCCUCAGGACCUCAAGCAGCCAUCAAUCCCACGAGAACCCAACAGAGGAGUGGACCGACGGAGGAAAAGAACUUAGUGGACGUUCUGGAUCCUGAGGCCAACGAAUUCAUCUGGACCAGGACUGCAGGACGAGUUGUGCCAUGAAUGAGGAGCUGAACUCAAACCCUCAGAACAACUUCAACUGACUGUUUUCUAUCAAUAUCAAAAGAUCAAAAACUAUGUACCAAACGUCAUUAAAGUGAGUUUCAAACC